AUGCUGCGAGCUUCACGUCGGCGUAGCCGCGGCGAUGCAGUCUCUGAAGCUCCUCUCCUCGGCCAGAGGAGGUGCGAGGGCGUCCGAUUCAGCAGCCGGCAGUGCCCGGAGUGCUUCGCGCUGCUGGACCUCCCCGAGGCCAGGGCGGACGACAGCGCGCUGCAAGAAUGCGAGACGUGUGGGAGCGAGGCUCCUCUUCUAGGGGACGAGUCGAUCUCCACGAAGUCGACGCCGGCUGCAUCGGACCAGGUGCCCCUGGCGCCCGAGGCGGGUGCGCGCUGGCCGGGCGUCUCCACGUUCCGGGUCACGCAGGACAGGAGCGGCGGGGCAGCGCUCGGCAUCGCCGUCGAUUUCCACGACGGCUCCGCGGUGCUGAUUGAGGAAGUGGGCGAGGGGCUCUUCAAGCUGUGGAAUGACCGCAACGAAGAUGCAGAAGUCAGAAGCGGUGAUUAUCUGGUUGAGGGGAACGGCAUUUCUGGCAACUCGAGGCUGAUUUGUGUUGAGUGUGCUGAGACCAAUUUAUUGGAGAUUGUCGUCCUCAGGAGGGGGCCCAUGUUCUGA